AUGCCUUUCGUCGCUGAUUUUAAGCCAAUUGCUUUAAAGGACACUAACCUUUUCAAGCCAAUCAAGGUUGGUAACUGUGAAUUAUCCCACAGAGCUAUCUUACCACCAUUGACCAGAAUGAGAGCUACUCAUCCAGGCAAUGUUCCAAACAAGGAAUGGGCUGCUGACUACUAUGACCAGCGUUCCAAGAGAGAAGGCACGUUAUUAAUUACUGAAGGUGCUUUCAUCUCCCCACAAGCUGGUGGUUACGACAACGCACCAGGUGUUUGGUCCGAGGAACAAUUAGCUGAAUGGAAGAAGAUCUUUGCUAGAGUUCACGCUAACAAAUCUUUCAUCUGGCCUCAAUUAUGGGCUCUAGGUAGACAAUCUGAACCAGAUACCUUGGCUAGAGAUGGUUUGAAGUACGUCUCUGCUUCUGAUGAUCUUUACAGAGACGAAACCGAAAAAGCUUUAGCUAUCAAAUCCAAUAACCCACAACACGGUUUAACUAAGGAUGAAAUUAAGCAAUACAUUGCUGAUUACGUUCAAGCCGCUAAGAAUGUUAUUGAAGCUGGCGCCGAUGGUGUCGAAAUUCACUCUGCCAAUGGUUACUUAUUAAACCAAUUCUUAGACCCAAUCUCUAACAAUAGAACUGACGAGUACGGUGGAUCCAUCGAAAAUAGAUCCAGAUUUACUCUAGAAGUUGUCGACGCUUUAAUCGAAGCUAUUGGUGCCGAGAAGGUUGGUAUUAGAUUCUCCCCAUACGGUACUUUCGGUUCUCUAUCUGGUGGUGCUGAACCUCUUAUUGUUGCUCAAUUCGCUCACGUCAUUGGUGAAAUCGAAAAGAGAGCCAAGGAAGGUAAGAGAUUAGCCUUCAUUCAUUUAGUUGAACCACGUGUCACCAACCCAUUCUUAACUGAAGGUGAAGGUGAAUACCAAGACGGUACUAACGACUUCGUCUACUCUAUCUGGAAGGGUAUUAUUUUCAGAGCCGGUAACUAUGCUUACCACCCAGAGGUUGUUAAGGAAGUUGUCAAGGACGAAAGAACUCUUAUCGGUUACGGUAGAUUAUGGAUCUCUAACCCAGAUUUAGUUGACAGAUUAGAGAAGGGUUUGCCAUUAAAUGCAUACAACAGAGAUACCUUCUACGCCAUGACCUCUGAAGGUUACUUAGACUACCCAACUUAUGACGAAGCAAUCAAGAUGGGCUGGGGUAAGCAAUAA